AAAAGCAAAGAAACCUUCUCACCUACAGCUCCCCCUCCUCCCAAAUCCCACGCGCACCAGCGAUGGGCUCCCUCCGCUUCCGGUUCUCGCUGCCUCGGCCCCCGAAGCCACCGCGCGGGUCCACGGGUGCGACCUCGUUCCGCCUAGCCGCGGCGGCCAUCGGUGCCGGAAUAGGCUUUGCCGUGGGCUUCUCCCUCGAAUCGGCCGCAGACACGUCCGGAUCCCGCCGGAAGCCGUGGAGCCACGCCUCCCCCAUUUGGGCCUCCCUCUCCCUCGCUGAUGGCCCCACGGGGACCUCCGUGGAGCCGAGGACUGGCGCGGCCUUCCCCACCGUUUUGGACGGCGGCCGGCGCCUCACCGGGAUCGGGCUGCGCAAGACCAGUGUCUUGGGGCUCAAGAACAUUGAUGUCUAUGCAUUUGGAGUUUAUGCUGACGACAGUGAUAUGAAAGGAUUGCGUGAGAAAUAUGGCACAUUUUCAGUUUCUGAACUGGAGGAAAAUAAGGAGUUUAUUUCAGAUGUCCUGGAUCAGGAUUUACGCAUGACAGUUAGGCUUCAAAUAGUAUACAACAGACUGAGCAUAGGCUCUGUGCGGAAUGCAUUUGCAAAGACAGUAGGAAGUAGGAUGCAAAAGUUCAGUGGAUCAGACAACAGAGAAUUGCUUCAAAGGUUUACUUCUUUAUUUAAAGAUGAAUAUAAGCUCCCAAGGGGUUCUGUGAUAGAUCUUUCAAGGGAACAAGGUUACGUUCUUCAAAUAAGAAUUGGUGGGAAGGAAGUGGGGGAAAUCCAGAGCAAGCUUUUGUGUAAGUCAGUGUUGGAUCUAUACUUUGGCGAGGAUCCAUUCGACAAACGAGCUAAAGAGGAUAUUCAGUCUGGUCUGGCUUCCAUUCUGCAGGAGAGAUGUGAUUAACAGCUUCAUUUUCUUCAACAAAGAUCUCAAAUAUUGAAUACAACAGUCCUUUUGUUGUCUACAGUCGAUUUUUGUAUCAGAAGUAAUUUACCUAAUUCCCAACAAUCAAACAUGCUUCAAACCUUCUUUGACGUGCGUUAUCAAUUAUCGUUACUUCUGA